AUGGCGGGCAUCUACUGCGGCCACCUGCUCGAGUUCCCCACCGUGCGCAUCGACUCGUUCGGCGCCCCCCCGCCGGGCACGGCCCUCCCGCUGGUCCCGGUGGCCGGCGGCGGGGCGGUCGGGUGCUGCUCCCCGCCCAACGCCCAGCUCUUCCUCCUCAGCCACACCCACGCAGACCACCUCCUCGGCCUCCACGCGGACUGGACAGGCACCAUCAUCACCUCCCAGGACAGCAAGGGCAUGCUCCUCAGCCUCGUACCCGAAAGAGAGCGCGAGUGGCUCUAUAGAAACAUACGCCACGGCCCACGGAGGAGGUUCGCCGGCCUCAAGCCACGAGUCGCCGCCAGCCCAGUCAUGGUAGACAGAAUAGUAAGCCCAGUAGCCAAGACUCGAACCGAGCUGACGGACAUGCUAUGGAAAACACUCCCGUAUGGUGUGCCGAAAGAAUACAUCAUCGCAUAUGACAAUGGGAGCCCUGUAUAUGUCACCGUCACACUUUUAGAUGCCAACCAUUGCCCCGGGUCUGCCAUGUUUCUCAUCACCUCCCCGACCAUAGCCGUACUCCAUACCGGUGAUGUACGGGCAGAUUCUCGGUUCAUCGAAUACCUCAAGAGGCACCCUGCUCUGCAACAGUUUCUUGCGCCUUCUUCCACCUAUAGACAUGCCAAGGAUGGUGUCGGGGGGGGACGGCGAGUAUUGGACAGGAUCUACCUUGACACUGCCGCCAUGCUGGGUACAGGGGAUAUGCCUGACAGGGAGCCAGUGCUACAGGAGAUGGUCGAAAUCAUGGCCCGGUAUCCUCAAGACACCAUCUUCUUUCUGAACACUUGGUGUUUUGGGUGGGAGCAGGUCAUCAAAGAAGUUGCACGAUUCUUCAACGACAAGGUCCAUGUCGACUCGUACAAAUCAGAUAUUUACAAGUCCAUCACCACCGACCCAUUUCUGUCCCGCUGCACCACUCAAGACCACACCGCCACACGUUUCCACGCCUGCGAGCGCUUUGUCAAAUGCCCCGCUUGCAGGCGAUUCAACGAAGAGGGCGCAGCAGUGUACAAUCUCGACAAGAGGAUUGUGCAUGUCAAUAUGGUAGAGGUCAAGAUGGCCGAGUGGGAUACCCGGAGGGGAGAGUUUAUGCGCGUCCUGGAUCGGGCUGCAAUGGGCAAAGGGCACUGGCCUUACAACAUUGACAUCCCCAUCCCCCGGCAUAGCUCCCUCCCCGAACUUCAAGCCCUCGUCAAACUAUUCAAACCCCUCAACCUCACCCCCAACACCGUCGCCUCCUACGCCCGCGGUCUCGACUAUUACCUCCUCCCCGACCUCUUUUCAGAGUGUAUCGCCCCAGGUGCAUACGAGCGUAUCGUCAUUGAGCGGACGCAUUACCUGGGGCAAAAGUAUGGAGAGUGGUAUGUGAAAGGUCUGGAUUUGAUGAGGGAGACGAUGGGGCUGGGGUUGGUACCGGACUUGGAAGCUGUGGAGAGGGAAGAUCAUCAUUAUGCCCGGCAGGACUAUAUCCAAGAGUCUGAAGAUGUCGCGCGGCAGAUCCAGCCGCCGAGACCGCGUUCGAGGAAAGAGAUUUCCAUCGACCAGGUCUCCCGCGCUGGGGGACUGCCUUCCCUCGCGCCGGACGACAUUUACCCUGCUGCCCGUGCCAUCAUGGGUCUUGACCCUGAAGAGGACGGCCAGAAGAAGAAGGCAAAGCUGGUCAUGACUGAUCCAGAGUACGAGACGGAUCACGAGUCGUGUGGGAUGAGGUCUAGCCCUGGUCCGGCGCAGGAUGAUUUGGAGGUGAAGGAGGAGGUGGGAGAGGAUUUGUUUUGGGGGGUGAAGGAAGAGGAGAGGACGCCCAAGGCUGUAAAGGUCGAGGCUGAACCGGGUCUAGAGAUCAAAGAGAGAACACCUUCUCCCCGACUGCCCAUCAAGAAAGAAUCCCCAGCCACUCCGCAUGGAAGAGUCCCCAUUGUCAAAUCAGACCCUCUCUCCCCACCGUCCAUAUCCACGCCUCAGCCGUCCAAUGCCCCCCCUGCCGGCCCUUCGAUAAUGCCAGAGCUCGAGUCAGCGAGAGACACACCAAAGGUAGUCAGAGUCAAGGAAGAGCCGUGUGAAAGGCUUUCAGAGCCUCCGUUCGCCCCAUCUCGAAAGAGGAAGAAGGCAAGGAGGUCCUUGACUGCAGAGGAAAAGGAACAGAUAAAACGAAGGCUGGCGGAAGGCGGCGGAGAGGGACUUGGUCGCAAUAUCGUCAAGAAGCAAGUUGAGUGA